CCAGCCAAAAUUUUGAGAAAGCAAAUUGGCCAUUGCGUAUUCCAUAAAGACGUUCCAUUACUCGGAAGAGUGGAGUAUGAAGGUGUGUUAGUCGGUGAAUGAUUCCUCAUAUUCUUGAAUUCAAUCUUCAUCUUCAUCGGAACCCUAAUCCCCUCCCAACCGGAAUCAAUGGAGGGAGUGUUGUCGCCGAACGAGCAACAGAGCAUGGUCUCUUCCUUCCUCGAGGUCGCUCAGGGCCAAACCGCCGAGACUGCGCGCCAGUUCCUCCAGGCUACAAGUUGGAAACUUGAGGAGGCGCUUCAGCUGUUUCUCAUAGGUAGUGAAAGUGGAUCAGUGCCACCUCCAUCGUUGCACACUCCACCUUUGGAGAAUGUUGAUUCAUGGAAUGAUCAACCUGCAAGUGAACCGAGCAGGGAAGCUGCAAGUGAAAGUAAUAUUGCCCACAAUGAUGGCGAUGAAGUGCGUCCUCCUUUGCCUGUAAUAAGGGAAACUCUCUAUGACGAUGCAAUGCUGUAUGGAGCACCAAGGGUUGGACAUCGUUCACAAGAACCGAGCUCCCUAGUUGCAUUUCGUAACUUUGAAGAGGAAAUGAGACAUCCUGGGGUUUGGGAGUCAGAGCAAGGUGCUGCUUCUAUAGCAGAGAGUUCUCGGGAUAAUCUUGCUUCACUUUAUCGUCCUCCAUUUCAUCUUAUGUUCAAUGGUCCUUUUGAUAAGGCGAAAGAUGCCGCCUCUUUGCAGAACAAAUGGCUGUUAGUGAACAUACAAUCUACCAAGGAAUUCAGCUCACAUAUGCUUAACCGGGACACAUGGGCCAAUGAAGCUGUUUCUCAGACUAUUAGUACUAACUGCAUAUUCUGGCAGGUAUAUGAUGAUACAACGGAAGGCAGAAAAGUCUGCACUUAUUACAGACUGGAUUCAAUUCCUGUUGUGCUUAUUAUUGAUCCCAUUACUGGCCAAAAGAUGCGCUCUUGGAUUGGAAUGGUUCAACCUGAAAGCUUAUUGGAAGGUCUACUAGCAUUCCUUGAUGCAGGGCCUAAGGAUCAUCAUAUUACCUUGUCACACAAGCGUCCUAGAGGAAGUUCUAGCCCCCCAAAAUCUAAAGCGUUGGUAGAUUCAGAUGAGAGUAAAGAGGAGGAUGAGGAAGUUCAAAGAGCUUUGGCAGCUUCUAUGGAAAGCAUGAAAGAAUCAACUGCUAUGGCUGGAAGAGAUAAUAAAGAUGCUGACGUUGCAGUCAAUGGGCAAGAAACAGCCUUGGCUAAGAGGCCCACCUAUCCAGCCUUGCCUGAAGAACCCAAGGCUGAAAGAAAUCUCCUAUGCAGAGUUGGUGUCCGUCUUCCAGAUGGACGUCGGGUUCAGCGUAACUUCUUACGCACUGAUCCAAUUCAGCUGCUGUGGUCUUUCAUUUCUGUUCAACUAGGGGAAGAUGAAACAAAGGCAUUUAGACUAACACACGCAAUUCCUGGAGCUUCAAAAAAUUUGGACUAUGAAAGUAAUUCAUCAUUCGAGGAAUCAGGCCUUGCCAACUCUAUGAUUUCGGUGACUUGGGACUGAGUUCAGGUUCAUUACUGGGUUAAAUUUGCAGACUGGAGGAGAACUUUGGGAUUGGUGAUUCCCAUCUAUAUGACCCGUUUUUCAUCUUUUUAUGAGGUUGUUGAUGUUCAAAGUAAAGGUUAUUAUAACUUGUGUAUAGACUACAAAUCCGAAUGAUGGGUUAAACGAAGUUAUUGGAAAUAUAUUUGUUUUUAGGACUGUCA